CUUUAAUUCUCGGGACAGAAGCAGAAGAUGAGAAUUACGGUAAUUUCAUUCUGCCCUUGACCUAUCCGCAAUUGAGGCUACUACGCAUGUGCAACACACUUUACCUCUACCACCAACACGUGCAUUCAGCUGCCGCCAUGUACCGCUCAUUUUCUCCAAACCUGGUUCGACCUAACCAGCCCUUGAGGAAACCAUCAUCGACCCCCGUGGCUCUUAUUACCGCAUUGCCUUCUCCAAGACAUCCCACCAUGCCCAAUGCAACACCUGUGCGCCCCGCGUCAGGCGCCAUUGGAGACGGAAUCAGCAGGGAUCAAUCAGCAGUGUUAGGAUCCAUACCACCAGCGCUGACUGUAUACUUCUGCAACUUCUGUGGUCAGCAAGGAAAUUUUAGGUGCAAGCGCUGCAAGAAGACUCCUUACUGCUCUGUGGCAUGUCAGACAGAAGACUGGAAGGCACACAGACACAUGUGCAAGUCCAUUGAUCUAGAACCUGAAAAAGAAACAACUAAGAAAACAACAGCGUCGCUGGCGACAGGAGACGGAGCCGGCCCGGUUGAGUCUAAGCACGGUGAUGCAUCCAGCCUCCAGAGGGUCUAUUUGAAGGACUUGCAUAUGACUAAAAUCAUUAAGGGAACAGACAUCCAGGCAUCUGUUGUAGAGUUCUACAGCCCUGGCAGGUUUUUUGUCGUUGCACAAAGUCCUGAGAUGCUGGAAGCUCUGCAAUAUAUCAGCACAGAGCUUCAGAAAACUAACAGCUGCCCAUCAAUGAGGACAUAUGUACCACAUGUUGGUGAGGUUUGCGCGGUUCAGUUCUCCUGUGAUCUGAACUGGUACCGAGGCCUGGUCCAGACUUUAGCUGCUGACCAGAAGAUGGCUAAUAUCCUUUACAUUGACUUUGGCAAUGAAGAGGAUGUACCUGUGGAUAGGAUCAAGCCCCUGGCUGCUAAUAUCCAGCCAUUUUGUCCAUGCGCAAUGGAGUGCCAUAUCGCCGGGGUGGUCCCAGUGACUGGAAACUGGUCAGGCGAGUGCCGUAUAUCAGCGAAACAGCUGUUGGCAGGCAAGAUUGUGACUGUUAGACUGGUGGAAUCCCUAGAAAAUGGCCGCAUCCAUGCUGUGGAUAUCCUGCUUUCCAUGGGAAAGAAGUUGAGCACAUUCCUCCUUGAGCACGAUUAUGCAGCAGAGGAAACCGUCAACGAAACACCAACUCAGCAAGAAAUAAAUGCCAUGAUAAGUGCAUCCUUGGAUAACUUCAGGCGUCUCUCCGAUGGGAAGGAUGACAACACAUGGGCUCAGCCACCAGACCCACUGACACUGGCAGUAGGUGACUCCUUCUCUGUUGUGGUUACUCAUCUUCAGUCACCCAAUGAAAUUAUCGUACAGAAGGUGGAGAACGCUGGAGUGAUUCAGGAGUUGCAGCUGAAGCUGAGGGAACACUGCUGCCAGGCCCCAGCCCCCCAGAACUUCAGGCCAGCCCCCAGCACAGUUUGCUGUGCCCAGUUCUCAGAGGACAAGCAGUGGUACAGGGCUAAAGUUCUGGCUUAUUCAUCAGAGGAACGUGUUUCUGAUUUGAGGAGUAGCACGUGUGUCUUUCUGAAACACAUUGUCUCACAUUCUCUCAAGCAUCUGUCGUUGGGCUCCAUUCCAGGGGUGCAGCCUGUUGGGGAGAGCUGGUCAGAGGACUGCCUGCUGGCCCUGCAGCGAAGGGUAUCGAACCGAAUACUGCGCCUUGAGAUCCAGGGAGCACAUGAGGGCAAGGCUUUGGUGGCCAUGAUUGAUGAGGCCAGUGAUCCUCAGGCCAAUGUAGCCGAGCUGUUGAUCUCUGCUGGUUUCGCUGCACCUGCUCCUUCUCCUGUUCCCAUCAGUAGUGACCAGCAGGCUGACGAGACAGCAACUGUUGCUGCGGAACCACAUGGUGUGCCGGCCCCAGGCUGUGAGCCUCUGGUGUGGUCUUGUAGUGAGCUUCCUUGUGACGGCCAGACAGUGGCACUGCUAGCCAGUGUUGUGGAGAACCCUCAAGAGUUUUACUGCCGCAUCAACAAUCCUAUAGACCAUCAGCGGCUGAUAGAGCUCGGGGCUGAGUUGAAACAGCAUUGUGUGGCAGAGGCCUCACCUUUUGUGCCCAAAGUGGGGGAGCCCUGUUGUGCCAUGUUUCCAGGUGAUAAAGAGUGGUAUCGGGCUUUAGUAAACGAGCUGUCUGAAGUCGUGUGUGUAAACUUCGUGGACUAUGGUUAUAGCAUGAAAGUGGAAAAGGACCACAUUCGAUCCAUUACACCCCGACUCCUGGCCCUACCCUUCCAGGCAAUUCGCUGCUGGCUCACAGGUGUGGAGCCCCUGGGAUCAGAGUGGAGCAGUGAAGCCCUGCUGUGGUUCCAGAGUCUGGUGGAUGGCGAGCAGCUCUCUGCACGUGUCCUUUGUGCCACAGAACAAGGCUAUGGUGUGGAGCUGGAGAGCAAAGGGCAGAAUGUGGCAGCUGCCCUCAUUUCUGCGCAACUAGCCAAAGUUCCUGGAGUGGUUCCCAAAGAGACGCAUGCAACCACAGGCUCUGAACACAAACACCAAGAGAACAUACAGGAAAAUGAAAACAGCCAAAUGCAUGUGCAAGCCUCCAACCAGACAGGAACCAGUUCCAAAAAGAUGCCAACAGAGGGUCAAUCUGCAGUGCCAUCAGAAGCCCCAUCUUUUCCAGUGGACUGGAAGACAGUGGAGCUGCCUCUCAACGACACCUUUCAGCCUUGCAUUGCAGCCGUCACUAGUCCUUCCCUCUUCUACCUGCUCGUUCCCAGCCAGGUGGACCAGCAGAAGCUUCAGGAGGUGAUGAUGGAGCUGGUUGCCUAUUGCAGCAACAUUCGUGCUUCUUUAUCCUCCACUGUCCUGAGCAGACCAGUUCCUGGGGCUGCCUGCUGUGCCCAGUUCUCUGCUGACAAUAACUGGUACCGUGCGGUGGUCCUGGAGGUCGGUGACAAUGAGAUGAGUGUCAUCUAUGCAGAUUACGGCAACAGUGAGAAGGUGCCAUUCUCUCGUAUCUUGCCUAUCACCAAGCACCUGCUGCAGCUUCCCUUUCAGAUCACUCGCUGCAGCCUCACUGGUAAGGAACACUUCCCUGCAGAGUUGCCAGAGGAAGUGCUGCAGAUGUUUCAAAGCCAGCUGUUGAAUGGCGUCCUCGCCACUGUCCAGUCCUUCAAUGGCUCUGUUAACGUGCUCUCACUCACUCUGCCCACUGAGAGGGGCGGGGGGCACCUCACCACCAUGAUCUUGGAUGCACUACAGGACCAGGCCAAUAGUAAUACUUGCUCAUCCACCACCCAGAAGGCUGACCAAACUGCCAGCAGCACAUCUGCUGCCAGCACUCCAGUUGUACCUGACUGCCCCCCCCAGCCCAUGGUCAUACCUGAAACCCAAAAGGGGCUGAAACAUACAACGGUUACCACCGGCCUAACCAUAAUCCCAGAGCAGGAACCCCAGACUCCCCAGCAGAAGAAAAACACCUCUGCUGUGUCAGUCAACGAAGAUCCCGUUCAGAAGAUAAUUGCACAAAUGGAGCCUCCAUGCAAAAUUGAUACCAAAACUAACGAUCCUCAGGCCUCUGGCUGCUGCUGUCUGAACCUGACGACUAAGAUUGACCACCUGGAACAGUUAAUGCAGCUGCAGCUUUCUCUCAUCAAGCAGUUAGUGGGACAGACAAAAUAAGAUUUACUAAUUACAUAACCUUAUAGUCUUGUUUGCCAACUUGUUAAAACCAAGCAUGUUGUUUAUUCUUCAAACCCUGUUUAUUUAAAACAGGUUAACUCUGAAUGUGGUCUCCAGACGCAGCCACACAGUUUGUAAUUUUAAUUUUGUCACCUUAUUGCCAUCCAGCUUUUAAUUUUGCUUUCUAGCUUUAAUGUUGUGUCCUUAUCCAGGACUUUUAGGUUUUUAACCUGUGGUUAAAUUCCAGUGACUUAUUUUUUUAUAUUUCUGGAGGUUUUCAUAAAAAACACUUUAGGUUUGUGUAAGUUGGCAGAAAACUGUAACAAAAGAAGAUCAACCUCAAUUAUCCAAGUGUGUUUGUCUCCUGUAAGUGUGCUGUAGCGUGCUGUGCUGCCAUCUUUUCCUUUGUUCAGUCCUAAUCACCUGUUCAGGUGGGAUGUCCAGCCUGAUUGAUUUAUGUUUGACAUGUUUCAGUUUUUACAUAAAGGUUCUAUGAUUAACAUAA